AUGGCUGACCCAGGAAACAGAGGAGGGAUCUACCGCCCUUUGAGCCUCACCUGCUCCCUGCUCAUUGUUGGAAUGUUCUGUGUGUCGCCUGUCUUCUGUGAUAGCCAGACAGACGUGCUGGCUCUUAAAAAAGCCAAUCCCCAGUGCUGGGAGUCUUCCUCAGCGUUCCUCCUGAAAAUGCAAAAGCCUAAAAUUUCUAACACAGUUUCAGAUUUCUGGGAUUUUAUGACCUAUCUGAAGUCAUCUGAGAACUCAAAGCAUAAGGCACUGUUUUGGGAACUCUCCCAACGCUUCUUGGACAUCUAUGUGGACUGUGUUCUCUCCAAGAACCAUGGCUUAGGAAAGAGGCACUUGGCUGGAAAGGAAGAGAAGAUCUCAGCAGUGCAUCCACAACACACAGGGAGAAAACAAGGUGCAUAUUCUCAGCAACUAAGAAUCCCUUCUGGGAAGAAGAAAGAGUUGAUUGAAAAUUUGCUAAGCAUGCAUCUGCACAGGAGUGAGCCUAAGUUCGCUGGGAAAGUGACCAGUGGCCUGGAAAAAAAGAGAAAAUAA